AAAUCACAAUUUAAGGGAAAAUGUGACAAUGUCACUUUUAAAAACAAUUCCCAAUAUAUGGAUCAUUUGUGUACAAAUAUACAAUCCCUCCAAAACCCCCUUAAUAACCAACUUUAUAUUUUUAUGGAAAUCUCUAACUCACAUUUCAAAAGUUUAUAAAUAAAUAAAAAUACAUGAAUUUUAAAAUUUCCCUCAAAAAAAUUAAAAAACUAACUUCCUCUGUUUUCUUCCCCAAUUCACUUUCUCCCUCAUUCAUAACCACCACCGCCAUCUCAGCCGAUUCCCGCCACCAUAAAUGCGUUUCCACUUCCUCUGAAAACACCCUCCGCCUCGGAAGCCGCCGGAGUAACUGGUUUUUUUCAGAAGACUUGUAAAAAUCUUUUAGUAUUUUGAUGGGAAAUUUUUGGCACAUUUUGGAGUAUGGUGAAAUAAUGCAAAGAAUUGGUGGAAUGACAAUGUUGUUAAUCUUUCUUUUGAUGAACAUCUUUCCUUUUCAUGUAACCAAUAAUAAUAAUUAUUAUGAUCGUGGGGGUGGAAGGGGAUUUGGGUUUGGAUAUGGUGAAGCACUUCAAAUACUUUCGAAAUCGAAACUCGAAAAAUGUGAGAAAUCUUCUGCAGAUGGUUCAAGUAAUGAUAAUGGAAACCUCAAUUGUACUCGCAAGAUUGUCAUUGACAUGGCUGUUCCCAGCAACACAAGUGGAGGAGAAGCAUCAAUGGUGGCAGAAGUUGCAGAGGUGGAGGAAAACUCAACUACAAACAAGAUGCAGACUUUGCGAUUACCCCCUGUGAUUACUGUCAACAAAUCUGCUGUUUACGCCAUGUUUGAUCUCACUUAUAUACGAGAUGUUCCCUAUAGACCCCAGGAAUUUUAUGUCCAGACACGAAAGUGUGAGCCGGAUGCUGAUGCACGCGUUGUGAAGAUAUGUGAGAGGUUGAGGGAUGAACAAGGGCACAUUAUCGAACCCUCACAGCCAGUCUGCUGUCCUUGUGGUGAUAGACGAAGAGUACCUUCUUCCUGUGGAAACUUCUUUGACAAGAUGGUAAAAGGGAAAGCAAAUACUGCACAUUGUCUACGGUUUCCUGGUGAUUGGUUCCAUAUAUUCGGCAUUGGACAAAGAACUAUAGGAUUUAGUGUUCGAAUUCAAGUAAAGACUGGAACUGAAGUAUCAGAAGUGGUUGUUGGUCCUGAAAACCGAACUGCUGUAUCAAGCAACAGCUUUCUCAGAGUGAAUCUUAUUGGGGACUUUGGUGGUUAUACUGAUAUUCCAUCUUUCGAGGAUUUCUACCUAGUGAUCCCUAGGGAGCAUGGACCAGGCCAGCCUCCGGAUCUAGGACAUAAUUUUUCAAUGUACAUGCUACUUGAGAGAGUGAGAUUCACAUUGGACGGCCUUGAAUGCAACAAGAUUGGAGUCGGUUAUGAGGCUUUCAAUGGUCAACCGGAUUUCUGCACCUCCCCGUACUGGAGUUGUUUGCACAACCAGCUGUGGAAUUUUCAUGAAGCUGAUCAGAAUCGAAUUGCAAGGCAUCAACCACCGUUGUAUGGCGUGGUAGGAAGAUUUGAAAGGAUAAACGAGCACCCAGGUGCAGGGACCAAUUCAUUUUCCUUUGGGAUUUCGGAAGCUAUUAACACUAAUCUUGUGAUAGAAUUAGCAGCUGAUGACAUUGAAUAUGUUUUUCAGAGGAGUCCUGGAAAGAUUUUAGGUGUUACUGUGCCUACAUUUGAAGCGUUAGCGCAGUAUGGGACUGCAGCGAUCAAAACAAAGAACAUCGGUGAAGUGGAAGCAUCAUACAGCUUGACGUUCCAAUGCUCGAAAGGUGUGACAAUGAUGGAGGAACAGUUUUUUAUCAUGAAGCCUGAAGAGGUUGCGACUCGAUCUUUCAAACUCUAUCCAACUACAGAUCAAGCCUCAAAAUACGCAUGUUCUGCAAUAUUAAAAGAUUCUGAAUUCAAUGAAGCUGAUAGAGCUGAGUGCCAGUUCACCACCACAGCCGCAGUGCUCGACAAUGGAACACAGGGAAUCCCCUUUCAACCACCAAAGUCACAGACAGCAAGUUUCUUUGAAACAAUCAAAGACAUAUGGAACAAGUUAUGGGGUGGUUUGUCAGACUUCAUUACAGGAAAGAAUUGCAGAAGCAAGUGUACCGGGCUCUUUGAUUUCCACUGUCACAUUCAAUAUGUAUGCAUGAGUUGGGUCAUCAUGUUUGGACUAUUUUUGUCCAUCUUUCCUACAGUCCUCGUGCUUCUAUGGCUUUUACAUCAAAAAGGACUCUUCGAUCCUCUCUACGACUGGUGGGAAGAUCAUUUCUGGGAAGGUACACCAAGGCGGAAAAUUAACCAGAGGAACAGAGUUCAGCUUGAUCAUCACCGGAUUCAUCACAUGAGACAUCAACCUCACCAUUACCGAGCACACCAGCAUCAUAACAUGCAUGAAAUGAAGCAUAGGCACAGGAAGAAUAAUAGUGAACAAGAACAUGAUCAUGCACCACAUCGAUCAAAUGAUUAUAAUCAGUAUUUGCAUCAUGUCCAUAAAGACAAGCAUAAACAUGGCAAGCAUCGAAGUAGCAUCGAUGUAAAGCAGCAGCUGCAUUUGGAUAAUCAGGGUGAUGUAAUUCGCCAUCACAGGCAUAGGAAACAGAGGAGAACUAUUGAAAGAACAUCUGGUUUUCAGGAGGAUGAACGAUCAUUCAGAGUAACAUUUGAGUCAACAGGAGAAUAGAUUGAAGAGUAACAUUUGUAUCAAAAAUUCAGAAGUGAAAAAGGAAUGCAAGCAAAAAUACAAAAUGAAUCAUCUUUUGAGAGUUGAGAGAAUGUGUU